AUGGUCGCCGAAGCACCCUCGAUCCAUGUCAAGGACUUGACCUACAACUUCCCGGACGGCAGUGCGGGGCUGAAGGAUAUCAAUGUCGACCUCCCGCCGGGGUCGCGCACGCUGCUGAUUGGCGCGAACGGGGCUGGAAAAACGACUCUCCUGCGACUUGCUUCUGGCAAGAAACUCACCACCAACGGAACACUCCUGAUCGGCGGUGUGGACCCGUUCAAAAUGGGUCUUGAGGGCGUGACCUAUCUUGGGCUUGAAUGGGUCCUCAACCCCAUCGUCCGGAACGACAUCUACGUGCACGAGCUGCUCGCCAGUGUCGGCGGGAACGCAUACCCCACGCGCCGCGACGAGCUCAUCCGCAUCCUCGAUAUUGACGUCGACUGGCGCAUGCACCAAGUCUCAGACGGCGAGCGCCGCCGCGUGCAACUAACCAUGGGGCUCCUCCGCCCGUGGUCCAUCCUUCUCCUCGACGAAGUGACCGUGGACCUGGACGUGCUCGCACGCAGCCGGUUCCUCUCGUUCCUGGCGCAAGAGACCAUGACGCGCGCGUGCACGAUCGUGUAUGCGACGCACAUCAUGGACGGGCUCGCCGGGUGGCCGACGCACCUGGUGCGCAUGACGCUGGGGACCAUCCGCAAGUUUGGGCCCGUCGAGGCGUUUGAUCUGCCGCCGCUCCCGACGGGGCGCGAGGUGGGCGGGCUGUUGAGGAAUUCGGCGCUGCUGGAGUUGGUGUUGGGGUGGUUGAGGGAGGAUCUGGAGGAGAGAGGGCCUAGAGGGAGGAAGUCGGAGUUGAAGUCGUAUGAGGGGGUGCAGGAGAUGGGGUCGUGGUAG